GGAGUUUCCCCCCCUAUGGACAGUCAGGACAUAGCAGCAGGCAAGGAGGUCAUUCGGGUAGCCUCGGUGCAGAUCCUGGCCGAGCUACAGAGCCAAACGUCUGAGCCAGAGUGGGUAGGGUUUAUCGAGCCCCUCAUGGACUCUGUGACCGAUGAUGUGCUGGAUGCCAUUGUCGGCACAAUGGACAAAAUGGCACAGGACUUCAACAUCCUAUUGGAUCUGGCCAAGAAGAUGACAAUCUUGGGGUCAAAAUGUCUGACCAAUCUUCAAUGUGACCUUGAUGUUGAGUGUCCAUCUGGGAAAGAAGGGACCACUCACUUUCUCAAAGAGACUGGAUCCUCUACCAGUGUGGUGGCCAGAAAGAUUCAGACCCUCUCUAGCCCCAACUUUCAGUCUAAAGCCCUGAAGGCGGUGAGCACCAUCCUUACUAGGAAAGUCAGCAGCUCUUCUGGCAUGGCUCCUUCCUCUAGGCCUUCUAGUGCUGCUCCUAGCCUUACUGAAGCUUCCCUGAAUACCAGCUGCACAGCCCUGACAUCUGUAACCUCCACUGCCACAGUGAUUGUUAAGGCAUUUGUGGGAGGCAUGGAGACGAUAGCAUCAUUUGAAGGCACAUGUGAAGCAGUUGAUUGGCCAGUUCCUGUAAAUGACCACAAAACAGGAUCUUCACAGAUGAUAACCUUCUCUCUAGCCCGCACACUCUACGGCCGUAUACGAGCAAAGCUGAGGGACCUUUUAACUCUAUCCGCUCGAGAAGAAGGUGUAGCUAAGGAUGCUUCUCUUCAGGAGUCUUCAGACACUAUGGAAAAGGCAACUGUUUCAACUGUUGAGGUCCAGUUACCCAGCACCAAACUUAGUAGAGUUCCCAGUGAGAGCCAACCAAUACCAGCUCUCUGUCUCUCCAAUCUGGAUACCAGUACUCAAGAAGUUCUUAGCAGUGUUUUUUCCAUCUACAAGUCAGAGUUAUCAAAAGUGGAGAGUAAAUCCUUGGCCGUUGUCAGUUCAUCUGAUGAGUCCCUAGAGGCUUGUUGGUUUGUUGAUGGCGUCCUAUCAAAGCUCGAUGACUAUACUAUUUCCCAGUCACCCUCACCCAAUGAAGACUUGAGCGUGAGUACUCAAUAUUCUCAACUGAGCUCAGAAGAGAGUGUCAGAAUCACGGAGUCUUCUACUAGUCUGAUUCAGAGCAUUAAGAAGCUCUCUAGCAAUGACUUCCAGACUCAGGCAGAAGAGGCAGUGAGUAAAGUGCUGAUGAGAUCCAGUCAUUCCUUUAUCACACAGAUCAGCCAUACUGGUCUUCAGAAAAGUCUGCAGGCUGGCUUAUCAUCUAGCUCACCAUCAGAGAUCCAUGUCCUUUCAGAAUCCAUGUCCUCCAUGUCCUCUGAGAAUACAGCCUCUGGAUUAGUGGAAACCUUUGUCAAAGGAAUGGCGACUAUUUUCCAGAAAAAUGAGUCCACUGACACUGUGCUACUGGAAAGAAGUGGGAGAGUUUCACAGUGCUCCCACGGGGGCUCCCAACUGGAUGAUACUGAAUUGAGUGUUAAAAUAUCAGAGGAGAAGCUUUGGUCAACAGCUAAGACCAUCUGCGUCAGUAUGAAGAACACACUUAAGGAUUUCUUCACAGGGCUGAAGCCACCCGGAUCCGAAAGGACAGAAAAUGCUUCUUCCAAAGAGACCCUUGGGGAAAUCCUGGUUGCUAUCCAGAAUGAUAUCUCAAACUUAGGGCGAAUGAAGGAUUCCAGGGAGCUCCUUCAGAUCAAUGAUAUGGUAGGAACUAUACUGAAGGAGGUUGAGAAAAGUGAGGAUGACAGUGAACAAGUCUGCCAAGACAUCCCUAGAACCUGUUCAUCUUUGUCCACUUCUUUAAAUGGUCGUAGUUCCUUGUCCAGCUCUUCAAAGAGUCCUAGGUCAGAGUGUGAGUUAGAGAUCAACCUCCCUGGCACUCCCAUCCCUGACGAAGUGCCUUUUGAUCUGACCUGCCCCAUCGUCAGGAGCUCCUGCAUCGACACCAGGGUCUCUAAAAUGCCAGAGAUUUCUUCAAGUGACCUAAAGACAAAGAUGAUGGCACACACAGAUGAACCCCUGCAUCGUAACAGUCCAAUGACUGACUGACCGCAGUCGACCGCCGAGUGCUAAAGCCUCUUUUCGAUCCUCCACUCCGUCUUUCACCAACAAGGGAACCUCUUUGGUACCAAAGGGAGAUGGGAUUGACAUUGAAGAGAAGGAGGUGUGCAUCCCCAGCAGCUCUGGCCAUCCGAGGGAGCUCUUAAUCACCCCGGACAUCAGCAGUGCCACUGCAUUCCCACUGCAGUACUUGAUGGACUCCAGCAAAGAUGAUGGCAUCUGUUUUGUCACCAUACUGGUGAUAAGGUUGCUAUCGGAGAUCAGACCCUCAGCCCUAGAUGGACCCUCCCAACAGGCAGCAGAUCUGACAGAAACAUGUCAGCAACUCAUCAGACAAGUCCUGUCUGAGUUCUGUGCUGCAUCCAGAUUCUCCAGGACAAAGGCAUAUUCGCAGAACCUGAACAUCCAAAGGGUGUUCAGAGGUGUACAUAAAAACCUCAUGGAGGAGUUUGGCUCUUAUAACAUCCUGCAAGCAGCUCUUUCCUCCCAGGACCCUGCAUUUGACAGAGUCCUGGUAAAGUCCUUGACCCAGCAGCUGGUACAGGGAUGCAAGGAGGCGUCAAGACCAGCUUCUGCUGCAACAAACCCAUCAGACCAGGCUGAGACAGAGAGGGGGGCUGAGCAGAAAGCAAGAAGGAGCUUCCUUUGCUUUUCAAUGACCAAACUCAGGAUCAACUUCAAGCGUUCCAAGAGAGGAAACAAAAAGGACUGCCAUUCAGUCCAGGAACAGACUGAGAUUCCCUCUACUGAUGGACAUUGCAUAGCUCCCGUUGGAGAGGUUUCUCCCUCCAUAUCUCAGCCUGUCAAAAAACGAUCCUUGAUUGUCAGGGUCUUUUCAGCAAUGAUGAAGCCAUUCAGGUGCUACACCAAGAAGAACCUGUAACCUCUUACACUGCAGUUAGAACUACUUUUGUAACAGCAAGACUUUUGACAAGAGGCAUUUCUGCAUGUCUACCCUUUCAAAGUCUAUUUGAUCAAAUAAAUGCCAAUGAUUUUACAAGAA